AGCAGUAGCAGCAGCAGUAGCAUGUGGGAGCCCAAGUCGUACACCAAGACGUUCAUGCUCGUGCCGGCCGACGUGGCCCAGAGCCUCAACGUGCGCUCGGGCGUGGAGCUCAAGGAGCUCGCGCGGUCGGUCAACAGCCUCAUGUACAUCGUCGACUCGCUCGUCUACAGGGACUGCCGCAUCCUCUGCAUCGCGGGCACGCUGAGGACGAUCGAAGCGGCCAUGCGCGCGCUCGUGCCACGCAUGCAGGAGAUCCUGCGCGCCAAGUACGUCCCGACCUUCGAGUCGGUCUCGUACAUGCACGACAAGGCCGUCGUGCACAUCCGGUCUGACUUUGCGGCGCACCUCUUGGAGCAAGCGUCCGCGCGCCUCAAGCAAGUGGCCGACGCCACGCACACGCGCAUCCACAUCACGAACGUCGAGGAGAUGGCAAUGGCGUCGCCGCUGCGGCGGCUGCACAUCUCGGGCGAUGCCGAGAACGUCAAAGCCGCCUGCGACCGCCUUCACCAGGUGCAAGCCGACUUUGAAGCAAAGCCAUCAGACCCGAGUCGCCUCAUCUAUGCGCUCCGCCUCGUCUUGCUCAACCGCGAUGUGGCAGACGUCGACAAUAGGCGCAUGGCUGCGAUGUACGAAGAGCUUCAAGUCCAGACAAAAACCUUGAAGCAGGUGCCCAACCUUCCGAUCAAGACACUCUUCAUUCUCACGGGACCGCUGGAGAGCUUAUACGCAGCCCACAUUGCGACGAUCAAUGCGAUCAACGAGGGCUACGAACGCGGGCGACGGCGCAAGCAGCAGCAACAGCAACAGCACCAGCACGACCGAGACUACUCGCCCGACCGGUCGUCCUACGACAAGAAGCAAGACUACAAGAGCGCCCGCGAUUCAAGCGAAGAGCGCUGGACGACCAAAGCCAUCUUGCCGACACCACCGCGCGGCGUUGCCUCACCGCCACGCAGCAGCAUGAGUCCGCGGGCCGUGCACUUGACGCCGGUCGUGCCACCGCCGGCCAUGCCCUUCCCGUACCAACCAGUCCCCGCGCCCAUGCCGUCAGCAUGGGACACGAGUGCGAAUGGGUGGAAGCUCCACGACGCCUACGAGCGCAGCCAGUGUUGCCGUCACCCGCCCACUGGACCCCCGCCGACCGCCGCCAACAACGACGCCGACAACCACAACGACGACACCAACAACAACGACGACGCCGACAACGACGGCACCAACGACGACGACGCCAACGACCGGACAACAACGACGACACCAACGACGACACCGACAACGACGACAUCAACAACGACGACGCCAACGACGACGACGACACCGACACCAACAACGACGACGACAACAACCGCGACGACGAGUACCAAGCGACCCCAUCGCAUCAAGGCCGUGACGGACACGGAGACAUCCGAGCUACCACCGCGCAGCAAGAUCGUGCAGCUGAGCCGGUCGACGACGCCGGUGGCGGCGCAGCGCACGACGAUCGUCAACCUCGGCGGCAUCAACAAGUCAUGUGUGGACUUUGGCAAGGGCGACACCACGGAAGAUCGACUCAAGCGCCCACUGAGCGACCCGCCAAUGCCGCCGGCCAAGACCCAGCGCACACUGCUCUCAGACAUGGCGUCAGGGGCCGGACGCACCGUCUACUUGGCCGACGCGUCUUCGAGUCGGUACAGCAGUAGCACGUCCCGUCGCCACGUGACUCUGGUGAACGGCACGCCAGACAAGAGCAACGACGACAGCCACCGGCAACGGGCGCCCGACGACGGCAGCGCGUCUGCUAAAACACCGAGCGCAUCGUCUGUGUCCUCGACAACCUCGACGACCGCUACGACCGCUACGGCGGCUUUGGACGGCGCUUCCUCAUCGGUCGUCGCCUCGGGUCGCGAACCGUCGCCAGCACGGUCCGUUGCUUCUAGCCGUGCUCCGUCGCCGGUGGCCGUCAAGGAGACCCAAGCCCCAGUAUCUGUCAAGGCGGCCCCGGCACCAGUGUCGUCGGUCGAGCCGCCACGGUCCCGCGCGCCGAUCCCAUUGAUGCAAACGCAGGUCGAGAUGCGCGUGGACAUGGACACGGCCGACAAGAUUUUGACGGGCGGCGGGUUGCGCCGACUAGCACAAGCGUCGAGCGCCGUCGUGAGCUUCCAGAUCGACCCGCUGGACGCCAACAUGACCAAGAUCCUCCUGGCCGGCGACCUCCUCGCAGUCAUGCAAGUGCAGCAAGAAAUCAACGCGAUCCUCCACAGCUAGCUCUUUGUUGUCAACCACGA